AUGCACGGUCUCGCGGACAACACUGACUGGUCCAUGGUCAUGGAGGUCGAGGUAGAAGAUCCAACUAACAACGGUUCCUCAGUCUCCUCGACCCCUACAGACGGUGGUGGUAAAGCGGAUCCGUCCAAGGCGACUGCCCAAUACCAUGAGAAUUCCAUUCAGUGUGGUCCACUAAAGUGCCUGAACGGAGCUCGAUGUCUGCGUUCAGUCAUCCCGAUUAGUUCGGACAAAUGUCUCUGUCCGAUCGGAUUCAGUGGAGAAACCUGUCACAUCGCAACUGACGGCUUUCGAUUCCCGAAAAUCGAGGAUGGAGGUUACGUGAAAUUUUACUAUCCCGUUGAAUAUUACACCUCGGAGAAGGCCAAAAAGACGUUACGAGAGAUCGCCGCAGAAUUUGAAAUAAAACCCUCCUCAUUGAUAGGAAAUCGCCUGCUGAUGUAUCAUCUACACCCAGUCACGGGGACCAAGAUGAUGCUCUCACUUGAAGACGGCCAAGUUGUUUACCGAAUCUUUCGGAACAGCUGGCUGGGCUCGGAGAACCAGUCUUCUAACAUGGUCGAACUGAGACACAGCUAUCCACUGCAAUCAGUACAGACGGAAUGGUUCCAUAUGGCAUUCGGUCACACGGAACGAGGAACUUUAUAUAUCUCGGUGAAUGGGAAACGUCAAGAGCUAACAACUGUUCAGUUGAAAGACAUGUUUGAUCGAUUCACGCACACCGCUCACGUACCACCUGGGGAAUUGUAUUUUGGAGGUCAUCCGGCAAUGGCGCAACUAACACAGGAUGCUCAAAUUGGGAAGUUUGUUCAACGCAACUACGUCGGAUGUAUUCAGCAUAUACGCGUUCAAGGUUUGCGACUUGAUCCGCGAAGAAAAUCCUUUGUGGGCGAUGCGAUUGAAGGUUUUGGUAUCGGUGAGUUUGUCAGAUAA